UUUUAAAACAUCUAAGUAAGACUUGGUAGAUAUUUAAAUUGUUCAUUGUCUAAUUUCUUAACAGUGCAAUAAUUUUAAGAAACUAUAAAUAGAAUAAUUAAAGUAAAAAUGCAUUAUGCAAGAAAAUUCACACAUAAAGGAAAUUCAUGGUGGGGAACGGAGACGAAUAAGAGACGGGCCGAAUGCGCAUUCUAAGUUCAUCUUCACUUUCACUUUAACUAGCUCAAUGAAGAAUGUACAGAUCUCAAAGUAUACUAGUAACAUCAAUACAUUAGUGCAAGAUUAUACUUAAUGUUUAAUACAAUUUACUAUCACGAUGAUUUAUUUAAAUAGAGCACCUCAAAUAUCUUUCUUAUGUACAUUUCUUUCUAUAUACAUCAAUUCGGAAAUAUCAAAAAUUGUUACUGCCAUUAAAACAAAUUUUUCAUGCUUGGAUAAAACUGCUGGAUUUUAUGCUGAUAUUGAUGCCAGAUGUAAAAUAUAUCACACUUGUGAUGAAUAUGGAAACAAAUUUACAUAUCGUUGUCCAGAAGAAACUGCUUUUCGACAAGAUGCUUUAAUAUGUGAUCAUGCACAUCUUGUUAACUGUGAAGAAAUUAUUCCUUUCCACAUAGAAAACUUAAAAAAGAAGCACCAAAAUUCUUCUUGCAUAAAUGGAUCAAUGGAUGAUAAUAACUGUCAAUACUUUUUUCAAUCAUCAAGAGACACGCAAACAAGAGCAACGCAGAAUGUUAUGCAACAUGGAUUUACAUUGAAUUUACAUAGGUUUCUAAAAAAUUUUAAUGAAACAAAUCUCAACAAAGACAAUACAAUGAAAUUUUUACCUCCACAAAUUGAAAAAUCUUGGAAUCAACAAAUUCAAUUGAGGACAAAUGAAAAUUUCUCUAAAGGAAGUCAAAUUUUUAACAACAACAAUAAACUCAAUGAAAUGAAAGACUCUAUUCAAGAAGAUUAUUUCAAUAAGAAAACAAAUAUUACAUUGCAUCAUUUUCUGAGAUUACCAGCACAAACAUUUCCUGGGAACAUGCGACAUCAACAGAAUAACAAAAAUAAUAGUCAGACUACAAAAACUUCUUCAGAUAUUCCAAAAUUGUCUUUUGACAAUAAUAGAAAUAAUCCUUAUACAGAAACUUUAAAUUCUAUACAAAAACUACCAAAAAUAUCUUCAACUGGAAUCAGUGCUGUUAUAUCAAACACAACUACAGAGAUACCUAUUUAUGCUCUGACUUUAUCAUUGAAACCCUUGAUACCAAGGGAAUUAGAAUAUGAUCCUUACUAUCCACAAUCGACAUCUACAGAAUCAUAUUACACGCCAAGUCACAGUAAUAAGAAACUAUCUUAUGCCAAAUCUUUUACCCAAAAUACAUGGUCUAAUACCCACAUUGAGCUCCCACCAGUUUUACCGGAUUUGCGAUUGUUGGAGGAUAUUGUUGAUCGGAGAAAGCUAUUUUAUAUCCCCCGAAUUUAAUUAAAUACAGAUAUUUUCUCUUGUUUUUGUAAUGUUUAAGACUAUCCACCAGAAAUCCUAGAUUAUCAUUUUAAUGAACCUUUGCUAAAUUACAAUACUUUUUAAAUCAAAUUAAUAAUAGCUGGUGUCAGACUUUUUAUCUAAUAAUUUACAAGUAUUAACAAUUUAAAGUUGUAUCAUAUCUAUUAUAUUUAUAAAAAUUCAAACAAACAUUACUAUAUCUCUCCUCUUUUGCCAAUUAAGUAAUGGUUCUGUAACGACGUAAAAUACGAGUGUAAAUUAAAAAUUUAACAACAUUUGCGAAAGAAAUUAUUGAAAUAAAAGUGGACAUUUUUAUUUGACAAUGCUGAAAGCUAUAUUUUUAGUUGUUCAAUAUUCUUGCCAAAAACAUGUGUUUUUCUUUGUUCUUCUAUAUUAUAAUCACGCGAAUCACAUUUAUUUAUACAAAAAUAAUUAUGACUUGUUUAAGUAUAGACAUCUGAUUUUUCACAUUCACGUUUAUUUCAAAUACAUAGAUGUAUUUCCAUGGCACACCAUCGGAGACACUCGGCGCGAUAUUCGACUUGUACUUUUAUAAACACGUAUAUUAUUAAACGAAAAAGACAGGUAGAUACAUAAGAAUUACCCGAUUUUUAGCAAUGCCUUCAAACAAGCAAAAUUUGUUUUAAAUAAAAUUUAUUACUGGAAGUAAGUUUCAUUGUAAGUAACACAUUCUUCAACAAAUUACUUCAUUAACGAAUGGUGGCUUUAUGUAUUACGUUUUGACCAUGUAGUGUCACUGUUGCAUCCAAUAUCACUCGUACAACAAAUAUACAUAUGAUAAUCACGUUGACGGAGAGUAAGAUAAGCUUUAUCUUCAAGUAAAAUUAAGUUUCCAUAGAUUAGAUUCCGAUCUUAGAAAAAUGGUAUUUAAUUGGAUUGAUAGAAACGUUUCAUAAUAUAGAUAUUAAAAAAAGUAAUAUACUUUGAUGCUUUAUACAUGACAAUGUAUUACUAUAUGUACUUAUAAGAUGAAAAAUAUACUGUGCAAAUAGUAUUUUUAUUUGCAUAGCUAUAUUUAACAGUAUAUAAAAAAAUAUAUUACAAUUAUAGUUUCUAAGUAAACGCUGAUUUUAGAAGAAAUGUAUCAUAAUUAUUUAGUGUUCGUCUAACAAUAAAUGUACACAUCAAAUCAUUUUCUAAAGAAAGAACUGUAAAUAAAGUACUACACCCCAAUUUCGAUAACAAAUCUUUCCUGGCAAUAAUAGUUGCAAACAUACAUUCUAAAUUUUGCAAUGUAUCUUACUGUAAAUUGUUUACAAAAUGCUUAACAAGUAAUACUAAUUUAAUAUACA